AUGGAAAGACUUAAGAUAAAUUCUAAAAAAAACAAAAAUUGUCCUUUAUUUAUUAAUUAUAUAGAUGAUAAUAUAGAUAGAAUAGUGUUUACAUUAGUUUGUAAAAGAUGGUUCAAUGAAAGAGGUAGAUAUCUAUCUUUUAAUACGAAUCAUAUUCAUAAUAUAUUAAAUAAUGAACUUAAAAAGAAUAUGUUUUUAAAUUCAUAUAAAUCAAUAUAUAUUGACUCACUAAAUAGAAAGAAUAACUACCAUCUUACUGUUGACGAAAGUGAAACAUUUUUAUUUGAAUAUUUUAUGACACCAGAUCAACUUUUUGAAAAGAAUGAGAUUCCUUCAAAUGUCAGCACAAUUACAUUACGAAAUGUAUUGAUCUUUGAUACAUUAUUCCGGCAACCACUCGAACCAGGUCUAUUACCAUCGUCAUUGAAAUCUCUAAAAUUCAAAUGUUAUCACACUCUAAAAGUUGGAUCAUUACCUCCAAAACUCGAAGAAUUGUAUAUCUCCAUUGAUAGAAGCCUGACAAUAGAGGAUGGAGCGUUACCUUUGACAAUUAGCAAAUUGGCAGCACCAAUAUGGCUACUUCCAACAAUCAAAUCAUUGGCAAAUCUUAAAUCUCUAUCACUACUCUAUAGUGGCCAAGACGAGACAAUAGAUUUAAGUUAUCUUCCACGGUCAGUCACAGAACUGAAUAUUGAUAAUGGAACAUUGAUAUCAACGAUACCAUCAUCAAUCAAACACCUAACACUGUGUAAUGUUGAAUAUGGUAAUAUCGAUGAGAUAUUCAAAGAUCGAUCGCAAUAUCAACUAGAUUAUCUAAGUAUACACGUACACACACAUGAAUCACUAGAGGGAUUGAACAUCAAGGAGUUGGUUGUUGAGCUUCACUCUAUAGAAUACAAAAAUGAAGAUUAUUAUGAAUAUAGUGCGAUACCGGAUGGCGUUGAAACACUUCGAAUUGGAAAUGGGAUCUCGAUAUUCACCAAUGACGUUCCAACAUCAGUUCAAACUUUACAACUUUUUUCCUUGGACUGCAUUUUUGCUGAACGAAAUGAAACUCUCCCAACUUCACUGAAAGAAAUGGUCAUUGAAAAUGAUGAAGAUAUCGAACAACAAUUUAUAGGUGAUAUGGUACCAUCAUCUGUUCGUUCAAUGACAUUACCAUCAUUUAGACUUCCAUUCUCUCAUAUUCCCGAUAAUCUUAUAUUUUACAGACCGAUAGAAGAGAUCGAUGAAAAAAUAUGCUUAAGAAGAAUUGACGAUCAACAUUAUCUCUUCUUCACUGAAGAACCAAAUUAUUUUUCUGCAAUUGUACACAGAUCACGAAUGAAAAGAAUAGAAGCAUAUUAUAAAUCAAAGUUUUAA